GGAAGGCGUUGUGUUUGGUCCGAUGACGAAGUCGGAAGCGGAGCGUUUGGAAGGGCGUGAUGCAUCGGUUGGUGGGAAGGCGGCUGGGAAGGCUGUGUCUGUUGGGAAGCCUGCGGGACCUCCUGCCGCGAAGCAGGCAGCUGCUAAGAGCGGGGCGUUGGGUGGCGACAGUUCAGCAAAAGCGGCACCGGGAGCGCGGGGACCGGCUGCAGCAGUUGCAGCAGGUGAAGCGGAGGGAGGAGCGGUUGGGGCAGGCGCAGGUGUAUCGGAGGAAGGCGUUGUGUUUGGUCCGAUGACGAAGUCGGAAGCGGAGCGUUUGGAAGGGCGUGAUGCAUCGGUUAGUGGGAAGGCGGCUGGGAAGGCUGUGUCUGUUGGGAAGCCUGCGGGACCUCCUGCCGCGAAGCAGGCAGCUGCUAAGAGCGGUGCGUUGGGUGGCGACAGUUCAUUAUCACUGGAACCGUUCAGAGAAGCUGCAGGAGGUGCGAGAGGCGAAGGAGUUGGAGGGGCAGGAGUGUCUGGUGCGGAUGAAGGUGUUGUGUUAUGUCCAUUGAAGACGGUUGCCAAGUGUUUGGAGCUGCGUGAUUCGUCGACUCCGCUCACUAAUAAGAAGCUUGAAGGGAAAGCGUCUAAAGUAUUCAGGUGCACGCGUUCCACAAAUAAUCCUGCGCUUGGUUCGCCAGUCGCGUCGAAUGCCUUCACUGGAGCGGCUAAAUCUGAGCCCACACAAGUGCAGAAGAAUACGGAAGAGUUUGUGGAAGUACCACUUUUGCGACUUCACACACAUACUGCAGGGGGCAAGACGCUUACACUCAAGGUGGCUCCUAAACGGAGCCGCUCAUCACAGGGCUUCAUUCAGUGCAGAGAAGCGCAGCCUGUCUCCCUCCCCGUUGCGCACGGCGAAUUGGAGGAAAGUAGUAAAAAACGUGGUGCAGUGGCCGCACGCCACUUGUUCAAGAGGCCAAAGGGUAGUCACUUCAUUUCACAUGCUGGUCCACCAACUGCGCGACCCGCACCAGCGAAGCCGAUAUCCCCAAGAAGAACAGUAGGCGUAGUCCCAGCUGACACCCUUGUGAGGCAGAGCAGCUGCGUUUUAGAGGAACAUGGGCACGAAGGCGCUGAGAUUGGGAGUUCUACUAUCAUAAACGCAAAAGAGUCAUCUAAGCGUACGACGGAAGCGCAGCCCUCUUUAGACGCCGUUGCGUCUACCUAUCAAGGGCAUCUAGACUCUUCAGUAACUCCACACAGUGCUCAUGAGGGGAGCGUGCCGAAGCUUCUUCCCUCAGGGGAUUCUUACUUCAGCGUUUCGGCCAAGUCAGCGAAGUCAGAAAACAACUGCGUUACCCUACAUGACUUUACCAAGCCUUCGGCGGCGAAUGCGAAAGAGGCUACCCGCAUUCAAGCCACCUGGCGAGGACGAGAUGUGAGAACAUGGGUACAGGCUGCAUCUAUUGUGCGCCGUAUAAAGUGGGACUGUUCUUCUGAAGAGAAAACUACACUGGUACUUGGCAAAGUUCAGGCUACUCCUGCUGGCUUUAAAUUGAAGAACGGUCCGGAAGAUGCGGGCGAAUUAAAGCCUCGGACGAAGCCAAUAACCCCCGAUAUUUCUGUUGCAAAACCAGCUCCGGUUGUCACUUCCCGUCAAAAAGUACGAACAAAACCUAUCCCGGCAGAGGAGGCCCUUUCACAGAAAUCAGGAAAAGAUAUCAGCUCCGUCGAAUGCAUUCCUAAUACAGGGGAAAGCUCAGUCUCAAUUUCUAGAUCACUGAUUAGAGGGACAACAAAAGGGCUGGAAGCACCGCGUAAAAAGUGUGGUGACACUUAUGCUGCUCCAGAGGGCUCUUUGACUGGGGCUUAUCCCGGAAACGGGAACGGUAGUGAUACUUUGAAGAUAAAGGCCGUCGUGGAUGCGGAGCCUGGCGGACCUGACGAAGCUACGCAGCGAAGUGCUGGAUUUUCUCAGGGCACGUUACCAUUGGCCCCAAUAAAGUGUUCAGACAUCCCUUGCCGCGAUCCACCUGAUGUAAGGGAAGUUUCUUUAAUAAGCGGAAGAACACUUGUGUCCGAUUUAAGAAAAACAAAUUCGGAAGACUCAAGCUCCCUAAAGUUAACGUGCCAGGCAUCUCAGGGACCAACUGCAUCCGAGCUGCAUCCCUCAUCCUUUGGUUUGCCACAGACGCAAUCGUCUCUGCCCCUUCGCAAUAGUGGCACCUUAGAUGGAGAGGACAACAACACGAAUAGCUUUCUCCCAAGCGUAGGAGAGCUCACUGCAAAUGUAGCUCUGCGUGGGCGCAGCGGUUCAAAUUGGAACCCCGUUGGUGGUCUGCACAAUGCAAAAUCCAUGCCUGGAAGCGACCUUCGGGAUGUAGAGAGUGACGGCAAGCUAUUGGAGUCUCUGGAAGUGUCGGAAGCCGCAGAACGAGGCCAAGCAUUGGCUCUUGAAGAACCUUCAAUGACCGGAGUCGCCUGCGACCAACCGAAUGUUGGUCCUAAAAUACCCUCGUCUGGGCCGAUCGACAGGUUAUCAGAGAGAAGUAGUGGAGACCCAGCUAGGCUGGGCGAUCGUCAACCUCCAGAGUUUGAUGCAUACUCUUCAAGGAAAAACAGAAGAAAUGUUGCAUUUUCUGUAGCUCCUUUUGUACCCUCCAUUGGGAGGCCAACAAGGGCAGUUCACCAAGCACAGAAGGAAAAGGAAGAGCCAGUAAAAGUCAACAUUGAAAGAAGCGAGCAAAGAUCUGAUGGCCAAGCGGAAGGUUCCGCUCCGAAUUUCGGUAGACGCGUCUCCUUAGCACUACGCAGUGCAUAUUCCACCUUCAGCAGCAUGGCACCAUCUGGGAAGCAGCAGCCUGCUCAGCGGGAGGGGAGCAAAGAUGCUCUACACGCCGCUGUGGGGUGGCUAAGAGGUCGGAGCUCUAGCGAGAUUACGCAGGAACAAGAAGAAACGAUAACUGAAACUGAAGAGAGUAAAGCAGGCAGUAUAUAUGCUUCGCUCCACAACGACAAAAUUGCGCGACUAGGGCGAGACACACAGCAAUCAAAGACUCCAGUCGUUCACGUAGCUACUUCAUCAUUGGAAUCUGAGGACAUUCCAGUGGACGUAGCAGACCGCCAAGCUCUGGCCUUUGAGACCAAGAGGUGGGGGAGGCGUUUCACAGCCGUCAACACUCAUGAGCCUCGAGCAGUCAGCACAGGACCAGCGCUUAAUCCCUAUCGUCGAUCGCAUCGAACAGAACAGUUCUCUGAGACGCAGGUACAACCAAUACCGAAAAAGCAGUAA